UAAAGUUUCUGCUAUGGCAGGAAGAACAAGAGGAGGAAAAAAGGACAAGACCUUACGGAAAGAACAAUGACUACGUGACAGGAAGUGGUUGUUGUGUUUGUGUGGCAGGUGACUGUUGGCGUCCAGCAAGCGAGGUUAGCAUAGCGCCAAGCUGCAGUCCGACUCUGCGCCGCCACCUGCCGGACAGGCGCCUCAGCGAUAGGAGCACUUGAUGGUUGCGGCGCGGAGACGCACUGUGGAUUCAGCUAGCAUGGAGAAUUCUGGGUAACAUCUUCUGUGGUGACUUUGGCUUUGUGGUGUGUGUCCCUUCUGGUGUUGGUGUGAAGGUGUUGCGUCCCCUUUUUAAAAUAAUGAAUCACAAAUUUCAUCUUUUUGUCUUUCGUUUUCCUGGUUUGUGACCUUAUUGCUAAUCCAACAUGUCUGCCCACUAACUGUUGACAUGUGUCUCAGUGACCACCACCAGACUCAUGUCCUAUGGGGCAGACUUUUACGGACGCACUGAGCGUGUCCGCCAGGCGCCGUACUACGACCAGGUUCCGGCUGGCUCGUUACCGCGGCUCGACUCUUACAAUCCACACCCUCUGACGGAGCAGACAGCACCUAAUCUGGCCCACAGCGCCGACCCGCUUCCGCCUCCGCCUCUGCCCAACCAGCCCCCCGUCGGGCCCGAGUUCGACCGCAACGGCAGCGAGGACGCCGCAGACACCGAGCCUGAUCUUGACCCCGCCCUCGACAUCAAACCGGUCCACCGCUUCAUCCCUGACUCGUGGAAGAACUUUUUCCGGACAAGCAACCGCAGCAGCAACAAGGGGUGGCCCGACGCGGCCUCGUCAUGUAACAACAACAACACCACCAGCGAGGGCGUUCGCUGCUCGCCGCCGCACACGCCAUCCGUUCCCGAUUCCUACCGCGACCCCUAUGGGGGCUCGGCUGGCAGCUACAACUCCGGCAAGGAGCUCCUGGAACUGGCCGACAUCCAAUCUGUGUCAGGCCGCACGUACCGCACGGCGCUGACGUACAGUGAGCGCGUGGAGGAGUACAAUCAGCGCUACGCCUUCAUGAAGUCCUGGGCGGGGCUGCUGAGGAUUCUAGGCUGCGUGGAGCUCCUGCUGGGGGCCGCCGUCUUCGCCUGCGUCUGCGCAUACAUCCACAAGGACAACGAGUGGUUCAACAUGUUCGCCUACUCGUCUCCCGGAGCUGGUUUCUACGGCCCCGGCACAGGCGCGUCUUACUACACGGGCCCCAAGACGCCGUUUGUGUUGGUGGUGGCGGGCCUGGCCUGGUUGGUGACGGUCAUCGUGUUGGUGCUGGGCAUGACCAUGUACUACCGCACCAUCCUGCUCGACUCCAGCUGGUGGCCGCUGACAGAGUUCACCAUCAACCUGGCGCUGGCCGUGCUCUACAUGGCCGCAGGCAUUGUGUACGUGCGUGACACGACGCGCGGGGGGCUCUGCUCCUCCCCCUUCUUCAACAACGGCCCCAGCGCCGCUUUCUGCAGAACGGACGCGGGCCAGACCGCCGCCAUCAUCUUCCUCUUCCUCAACAUGGUCAUCUACCUGAUUGGAGCUGGCGUGUGUCUCAAGCUGUGGAGGCACGAAGCGGCACGUCGAUACCGCGAGCAGAAUAGCAGAGAGAUGCAACAGUCAGAGUUCGGAGCGGUCCAGUCGCUGCUGGUUCCUGCUACAGCUGCCGAGGCCAAAACUCCUCGACAGGAAUCGUCUGUCGUGUCCUUGCAAGACGCCCACAUUGCUGUCGCUCCAAAGAUUCUGCAGGGGGCGAUACCGUCUGGACACAUUCCCAAACCUGUCAUCGUGCCUGACUACAUCGCGAAGUACCCGACCAUCCGCUCAGACGAGGAGCGCGACCAGUACCGAGCUGUGUUCAACGACCAGUACGCCGAGUACAAGGAGCUGCAUGCCGAGGUGCAGGCCGCCUGCAAGAAGUUUGACGAGAUGGACGGGAUGAUGCGCAACCUUCCUCAGCACCCCAGCAGCCAGAUGGAGGUAGAGCGCAUCAACAGAAUCCUGCAGGAAUACCAGAGGAAGAAAAAUGACCCGACGUUCCUGGAGAAGAAGGAGCGCUGCGACUACCUGAAAAACAAACUGUCGCACAUCAAACAGAAGAUUCAGGAAUACGACAAAGUCAUGGAGUGGAACGACGGCUUCAGUUGAAAGACUAACUCCUGCUUUUGUUUUUUUAACGUGUAAACCUGACGUGGAGCUGAAAACCAAACGUCUUUGGGGUCUUUUGUCUUCUUGUUCUACACAAUGUUUGUCUUUUUCGACCCUUUGUUCUACCAUUUCACACACUUUACACGCAAAGAUCUCAGUGCCUUCAGAUGUGUCUGCAGCGUCGUCCACUCAUCUUCUUUUGUGUUGUUGCGUGCUUUGUGAAGUCAACAUGAAACAUAAACCACUUUACAUUCACCCAGGUGAUAACAGACAUAAUUGUAUUUUUAAUUUCAGCUCCACUAAUGUGAUGAUUUGAUGCUUUCCUAUCAUGCGUAUGAAGCUAAUGUUUUUUCACUUUUUAUAUGGAUGUAUGGAAUCUUAACUCUGAAUAAAGCUUGCUAUA